CGGCAUUUCUUGACUCAUUCCAAGAUAUUGCCCUCCCACGACUUCUCCCAACCUCCUCCUCCGUCUACUCUUCUCAGCUCCAGAGCAGAAGAGACGAGACAUCGCAACCAUGUGCGGCAUCUUCGCAUGCCACUGUCACCCAGAUGCGGCCAAGUUCAAGUCCACCGCCAUCCGCAUGGGCCGACAGGUUCGUCACCGAGGCCCCGACUGGAGCGGCAACUAUCUCGACAAGUCCACCAUCCUCGUCCACGAGCGCCUCUCCAUCGUCGGCGUCGACUCCGGUGCGCAGCCGAUGCUCAAUGAAGAUGAGUCGAUCGCCCUGGCCGUCAACGGCGAAAUCUACAACCACAAGAUCCUGCGCAAGCGUCUGAAGACGCCCUACCCCUUCAAAACGCACUCGGAUUGCGAAAUCAUCCUGCCAUUGUAUCAAGAGCACGGCAUCGAUGCCCCCAAGUAUUUGGAUGGCAUGUUCAGCUGGGUGUUGCAUGACAAGAAGAUGGACCGCUUGGUUGCGGCGAGAGACCCCAUUGGCAUCACCACCUUCUAUAUGGGACGGAGCUCCUCCACCCCGGGCGCUGUGUACUUUGCCUCGGAGCUCAAGUGUCUGUUCCCCGUCUGCGAUCACAUCGAGUUCUUCCCGCCCGGCCAUGUAUACGACAGCAAGACCGACAAGUUCACGAGGUACUUCGCACCGACAUGGCUGAUCGAGCCUUCCAACAUUCCCACCACGCCCCUGGACCUGGGCUUGGUGCGGGAAAGCCUGGAACGGUCGGUGAGGAAGCGAAUGAUGGCCGAGGUCCCUUUCGGAGUCUUGCUUUCCGGCGGUCUGGACAGCUCACUCGUCGCAUCCAUCGCGCAAAGAGAAACGCUACGACUGCAGAAGGAGUAUGCGCGGAAACAAGCCUUUUUGAACUCUGGCAUCAACACCCCGCAGAUGAAUGGCGACCUCGGCGGCCCGCUACCCAUUGCGGACGCCAAUGGAAACGUCGUUGAAGACGACCUUGCCGGCAUCGACGAAGACUACAAGCUGCACUCCGUCCCCGUCCUCUCCCAACUCAACAGCUUCUCCAUCGGCCUCCCGGGCGCACCUGACUCCAAAGCCGCGGCAGAAGUGGCACGCUUCCUAGGAACCAAGCAUCACACCUUCACAUUCACCAUCCAGGAGGGCCUCGACGCCCUGACCGACGUGAUCUACCAUCUCGAGACGUACGAUGUCACGACCAUCCGAGCUUCGACGCCAAUGUUUCUCUUGUCGCGCAAGAUCAAAGCCAUGGGCAUCAAGAUGGUGCUGUCGGGCGAAGGGUCCGAUGAGAUCUUUGGCGGUUAUCUCUACUUCCACGCCGCGCCUAACAAGGAGGAGUUCCACGAGGAAACGGUGCGUCGGGUGAAGAACCUCCAUCUCGCCGACUGCCUGCGCGCCAACAAGUCUACAUCGGCGUGGGGGCUCGAGGCUCGCGUGCCAUUCUUGGACAAGGAUUUCCUCCAGCUCUGCAUGAACAUCGACCCGGCGGAGAAGAUGAUUACGAAGGACCGGAUAGAGAAGUACAUUCUUCGUAAGGCUUUCGAUACUACCGGUGAGCCGGGUGCCAAGCCGUUCCUGCCGGAUCACAUUCUGUACCGGCAGAAGGAGCAAUUUUCCGACGGAGUUGGAUAUGGAUGGAUCGACGCGCUCAAGGACGAAUCGGCGAAGGCGGUGUCCGACGAGCAGAUGCUCGAGGCCAACAUCCGGAAGGACAAGCCGCAAUGGGGGAACGACAUCCCAGAUUCGAAGGAGAGCUAUUGGUACCGGUGCAUGUUUGACGAGCAUUUCCCGCCGUACUGCGCCAGCACGGUGAUGAGGUGGACACCUACGUGGAGCAAGCAGAGUGAUCCCAGCGGCAGAGCCAUUGCUACUCAUGACGCGGCGUACAAGGCGGGCACAGGCAAGUAAGGGGUGGCUGAGGGGGCAAGGCUGAGUGAGGCUCUAGAUGAUGCACUUUGGCGGAAUCAUGUGAGCGAGGCGCUGUUUGGAAAGAGCUGCCAGGGAAAUGUUGCACGGCAGUACCAUGUAGCACUACAUUACCUUAUUUUCUACUGUCCUGCUG